ACCAAUCGGUUCCGGCCGACCUCCAGCGGCUCUCGGUGGCAGCAGUGUGUGUGACUGGACUGGACUGACCCUCCCCGGUACCCCGGAGAGCGAUGCGCGCGCUAGUGGCCUGCCUGGCGGUGGCGGCGGUGCUGACGGCGCCGGCCGCCGCUGACAGGUUCCGCACGGUGCUGGUCGGCGGGCAGCCUGACUGGGCCGCGGCCGGCGGUGACCAGGGCUGUGACAUCUGUGGCGGCGGCGGGGGUCACUCGGGUGGCGGCUACCGCACCUCCUCCUCCCACAGCAGUCGCUACACGAGCUCCGGCCAGCUGGCGCCGCGCUACCGGCCCGGCCUGCUCGGCCGCAGCGGCGGCGGACAGCGGCGCACCUACCACUUCUCCAGCGAGGAGUCCGAGUACACCUUCAGCAACGGCACGCACAGCACCACCAUCACCAGCAAGCGCUCCAGCGAGGGCGUGCCCCAGUUCCACCUGCGCAUGACGCGGCUGGCCGACGGCGCCGUCAUCGAGAGCACCGUGCUCUCGGAGGCCGAGUACCGCCAGCGGCGCGCCAGCCUCGGCCUCACCGGCUCCGACGGCAGCUUCGGGUUCGAGUCGCUGGGCGGCGGCGAGCUGCACGGCCUGAGCUCGCGCCGGCUCUCCGGCGAGGAGCUACUGACCGAGAUGGAGCGGCGGCUGGCGCACCGGCGCGGCGGCCACGGCCGGCACUCCACCACCAGCUUCUCCAGCGAGGAGUCGCACUACUCGUUCAGCAACGGCACGCACACCACCAGCAUCACGGGCCGCCGGAACAGCGAGGGCGUGCGCGAGUACGGCCUGGAGCUGAUCCGGGACGCGGACGGCGCCGUGCUCGACCGCGCCACCAUCUCUGAGGCCGAGUACAACCGGCGGCGACAGAACAUGGUCGGCGGACGCGGCUUCGACGACGUGUUCGACAUCCACGGCGUGCGCGGCUCCGGAGCCAGAUUCGACUCGCGCUUCGACUCGCGGUCCGACUCGCGGUCACGGUCCCACUCUGAGUUCGGCUCGGACUCUGCCGAGUCGGAGUACGGCUCACGGUCGGGCGGCCGGCGGCCGACGCACAGCGGGUCCUCCGGGUCCCGCUCCACAUCCUAUUUCCGCGAGGAGCGCACCGAGACGCGCCGCGAGGAGGGCGCCGAGAGCUGCGCCUGCGUGUCCCGCUCGCGGUGUCUGUACUCGGACCGGGUGGUCUCGGCGGCCGCGCUGAGCCGCUGCCGGACCGACGAGGUGUGCUGCCGCGAGCAGCGGCCGUUGCUGCCGCGGGUGCCCACCGACUACCCGCGGCCGGCGCCCACCGAGCGGCCCGUGCGCCGGCCGCAGGCCGAGCCCCAGGUGCGCGAGGAGCCCGCCUGCAACUGCGUGCCGCGCGACACCUGCUCCUACCGCGAGCGCGACUUUUCGCUGGCCGGCCUGCAGAAGUGCCGCCGCCCGAUGGUCUGCUGUAAGCGUCAGCUGGUGUCCCAGCCGGCCGAGGAGCCGGCUCCGCUGUUGCCAACCCCGGCCCCCGUCCCCCGACACACCACCCCCGACCCGGCCUUCGUGCAGCGCGAGCGCGACCUGUUCAGGGACAUUGUGCAGCACGUGGACACGGACGAGCGGGCGCCCGUGCAGCGGCCGGUCGACCUCCGCGGCCUGCAGAGCUCGCUCUCGCGGUACGAUGACGCCAGGGACGUGUCCGGCGGCCACCGGCGCACCGAAGUGAGUCGCACCGAGCACUCGCGCACCGAGACCUCGGGCGCCGCGCCUCUGCCGGCCGUCACCGGCGGCCAGACGAGCAGCACGCGCCAAUACAGCUACCGCAGCCGCAGCUCCUCCGGCGAGCAGCUGCCCGAGCCGGCGGACCCGCGCCGGCCGCUCUACCCUGCCGACAGCAGCGCCGGCCACAGCCGCCGCACCCACUCGUACGAGAGGACCAGCUCGGGGUACCGCGGCGCCGGCGCCGACCUGCUGUCCGGCGCCCACGGCUCCGGCUACACCGACAAGGAGGACUCUGCCGAGCAGAGCGGCUCGCGGGUCAUCUCCAGCCGCCGGCACUACUCGGAGCGGCGCGUCGUCUCCGGAGAGGACAGCGGCGAGCAGGCCACCACGGGCGGCUACCCGCGCUACCCGGACCGGCCGGUCGACCUGCCGGGCCCGCAGCUGGGCUCCUCCAGCAGCUCGCGCCACUACUCCUACCGCAGCUCCUCCAGCUCGACCUCGUCCGGCGAGCAGGGCGACGCCGCGCUGCUGGCCGGUGGCGCCGGUUUGCGCGGCCAGCACAGCGCUCAGCGGCCGGAGGUGACCAGCUCCUCGCGGCGCUACUCGGCCCAGCACUCCACCUCGAGCGGCGGCGGCGGCGGCGCGGGCCUGCUGGCCGGCGGAGACGCGGGCCUCUCCGGCGGCGAGUCGGUGACCUCGUCCCGCCACUACUCCGAGCGGCGCGUGGUGUCCGGGGACGCCGGCGGCGACCUGGGUCUGUCCGGGGGCGACCUGGGCCUGGCGGGCGGCUCGUCGGGCGGCUACUCGAGCGGCUCGAGCUACCGGUCCUCGUCCUCCUGGUCCUCCCGCUCUGAGAGCGGCUCCUCGGGAGGACUGGUGCCGUCCGGCGGCGGCUCCCACCAGUACCCUGCCGGCUCCGCGGGCGGCAGCGGCUCCAGCUACCGCUACUCGUCCAGCUCUCACUCCUCGCAGGCGGCGCCGCUGGAGUCGGGCUCCAGCUAUUGGAGCAGCUACUCGCAGCAGUCGCAGCGUCACCGUCGCGGCUGGACCGACCUGUUCACCGGCCGAGACGAGACGCCGCGCGCCGCCGCCGAGGCCGGCGACAGCUGCGUCUGCGUGCGCUUCGACCGCUGCUCGGACGGCAACCUGCUGCACCACGGCGCCGACCUGCUCGACUUCAGUAUUGGCUCCCGGAAGCAGUGCUCCGGGUUCCGGGUGUGCUGUGACACGCCGCCGGAGGUGCUCCGUCAGCUGGAGUCCACUCCGGGCCUCCGGCCGGGCGUGGUCACCUCUGUGCCGACUGCCGAGCUGGAGCUGGCCGGCCGCUCCUCGCCGCUGGCGCCGCACGUCUCCAGCUCCCAGCCCUGCGUGUGCGUCUCCUCGUACCUGUGUCAGGGCGGCCAGAUCGGCGCCUCGCAGCAGCUGCUCGUCGACAUGCGCCAGGUCUCGCAGACGGGACGCUGCAGCUACGACGGACAGGUGUGCUGCGCGGUGCCGUGGGCCCAGGUGCAGCCGACUACCCCGCCGGCGCCGUGCAGCUGCGUGCCUGGAAAUCAGUGCCGCCAGCAGGAUAUCCUCACCCGCUACACCAACGUCAACGCGCCCACCUGUCCGGGCACUCAGGUGUGCUGCUCCCGUCCGCAGUCGGGCGGCCCGGCGGUCCGUCCGCCCGCCAGCAGCCUGGACCGUAUCGAGUACGACAUGUACCGGUUCUGCAAGUCGUACCCGCUGAGCGUCGCCUGCUCCAGCACUCACCAGUUCAACGUUCUGCCGACUCUCCGACCUACGCCGUACUUCGACGCUGAGCGGGACGCCAGAGCGCUGAACGACGCGUUCGGCCUGUUCGGAGUCGACGACGACGUCCUGAUCGGUAUCCUCACCAAGAGGACCUUCAAGGAGCGCGCCCUCAUCAAGCAGGCCUUCGCGCGGCUCACAGGCUCGAACCUGGCGGACAAGAUCGAGAGGUACUCGACGGGCAACUACGAGGACCUGAUGGUCGAGCUGCUGGACGGCGCCUCCAUGGAGGAGUACCUGGCCAAGCGGCUGCACGAGGGCAUGGACCGUCUGGGCACGGACGAGGACGUGGUGCUCGAGACACUGAUCAGCAGCACUAACCAGGAGAUCGCCGCCAUCAAACCCUACUUCUACGCAGAGUCCGGCCACACGCUGGAGGACGACAUUGCCGACGACUUCUCCGGCGACCUGGAGGACAUUCUGGUGGCUCUGGCUAACGGCACGCGCGACAACAGCUUCACCGUGGACCGACGGCGGGCGCGCGAGCAGGCGGCCGCCCUGCGCAGCGCAGGUGAAGGGCUGGGCACCAGUGAGGAGACGUUCAAGUACUAUCUGACGCACGAGAACUACGCGCAGCUGGCGCUCAUCUUCUCCGAGUACGAGCAGCUCGCCGGCGAGACGUUCGAGGAUGCGCUGGAGGAUGAGUUCAGCCGGCACACAGAGGACGCCGUACUGGCCAUCGUGGAGGUGACCAGGAACCUGCCGGCCUAUUUCGCCGGCCGGCUGUACGACGCACUGUGGGGCCGCGGGGUGAUCUCCAAGGACGACUCGUCUCUGCGGCGGAUCAUCAUCUCCAGGGCCGAGCGGGACCUGGGCUCCAUCGCGCAGGAGUACCAGCGCCGCUACGGCAACUCGCUCAAAGACGAUAUCGAGACCAAGUCCACGUCCGACUAUGAGGACGCGCUGGUGUCGCUGAUUGGCGGCUAGCCGUCAACUAUCGACUGCUGAUGUGAUAUACCGGACGGGCCGGCGGACGGGGCCGGUAUGGGGACCGACCGGCGGUCACGUGUGACCCGCGGGGCGCCCUAAACAGAGGCGCUGGAGUCGGGGAGAGGACCCGGGUGUGCUCAGAGGGGAGAGAGCUGUACCUACAGCCGUGAACACUGACCGCAUAGUGAAGUGGUAUUGUGACAAUAUAAUUUUGAGACUGUA